AAUACGGCUUGCAUGUCAUCCAGAAAUCGAACCUUUUGGGAAUUAGCCCAAAUCUCCGGUUUCUUAUUUAAAGGUUUGCCGAGCUCAGUUGGAAAUUAAAUAUUCUUUCUUUUCUUUUCAUACAAACACACACACGUAAAAUGAGUGAUAUCAUCGUCCCCGGUCUCAAGUCCUCUGAACUCAUUGCCGAAUUGAGCAAGGCUUUCGAGCAGUUCUCUCCUGAGGAGCGCGCCAAGUUGAUCAAGCAGGUCAACGGUGUUUUCCAGUUCGUCAUCAAGGGCAAGGACGGUAAGGAGGAAAUCUUCACUGUCGAUGUCAAGAAGGAGGGCAAGGUCAUGCGCGGCAAGGGUCCCCAGAAGGCUGAUGCUAUCUUGUCCUUGAAGGACGAUGACUUUGUUGCCUUGGCCACUGGCAAGCUCAACGGUCAAAAGGCCUACAUGAGCGGCAAACUCAAGAUUAAGGGCCAGAUUAUGCUUGCUAUGAAGUUGGACAAUGUCUUCAAGUCGGUCAACCCUACUGCCAAGUUGUAAAUUUUUCUCCUACGUCACUUUCAGUUCUUCUCCAUUCCACUCAUCACUACAUUACCAACACCAUUCCCGCAACAACAAUAACAACUUUAUUACACGCUCUGUUAUACUAUUUGCUUUAUUUGUAAAACUCCACACGUUUGUCUGACUAGAAAAUAAAAUGCCUGUUUUCGUUUGUAUAAACAUCUCGUAACACACGCAUACUCCAGCACACCAGUGGUUUUUUGCUAUUCUCGCUCUUGUCGAUAUGCAAGGCUGCAUACAGGG